ACGCCAAUGUCUCCUCAAGGCUUGCUUGAAACGAAACUGAAACUCAUCAGACAUAACCUACUUUAUGUAUUGAAUAUUUUUUAGAUGUUAACAUCGUUAACAACUCAUGUUUUGUCUCCGUUUUAACGAACAAUGACAUUGUCAGCUCACGCCGACAGGUGAAAGCUGAUGAUAGGCUACAGCUGCCUAGGACUGAGCUAGGGAGGAGGAGUUGGGUUAAAAACAUAGCAUCAGGAUCAGGAAGUCGGGAGCAUAUCAAGAAGACGGCAGGAGUUGAUAGAAGACCUCUGUUGAACUUGAGACAAUCAUUCGCUUCAAGGCAAUGCCGGGGAAAAAAGUUUGCAUCGUUGGAUCAGGAAACUGGGGGUCGGCAAUUGCCAAAAUUGUUGGCCACAAUGUGAAGGCGUCCAACAGGUUUGAUCCGAUUGUAAAUAUGUGGGUUUUCGAAGAGAUGAUCAACGGCAGAAAACUCACAGAGAUCAUCAACACGGAGCAUGAGAACGUCAAAUAUCUACCCGGGCAUAAACUUCCCAAAAAUGUGGUGGGCGUGCCUGAGGUAGUGGAUGCUGUGAAGGGAGCAGACAUCCUGGUGUUCGUCCUCCCUCAUCAGUUCAUCGGUAAACUGUGUGAUCAGAUCAAGUCUCAUGUCAAGCCUGGGGUGAUCGGGAUCUCACUCAUCAAGGGUGUGGAUGAAGGCCCAGAGGGUCUGCGUCUGAUCUCUGACAUCAUUCGGGAGAAGCUGGAGGCGGACGUGAGCGUGCUGAUGGGGGCCAACAUCGCCAACGAGGUGGCAGACGAGAAGUUCUGUGAGACCACCAUUGGGGCCACAAAUCCAGCCAAUGGACAGAUCUUUAAAGAGCUUCUGCAGACGCCGAACUUUCGGAUCACCGUGGUGACGGAGUGCGAUACAGUGGAGCUAUGUGGUGCUCUGAAGAACAUAGUUGCAGUAGGGGCAGGUUUCUGUGACGGGCUAGGCUUCGGGGACAACACUAAGGCAGCGGUGAUCCGGCUGGGUCUGAUGGAGAUGAUCGCCUUCGCCAAGCUCUUCUGCAAGGGCCCCGUCACCUCCGUCACCUUCCUGGAGAGCUGCGGCGUCGCCGACCUCAUCACCACCUGCUACGGCGGACGCAACCGCAAGGUGGCCGAGGCCUUUGCCAGAACAUCCAAGUCCAUCACUGAGCUGGAGGCAGAGAUGUUAAAUGGACAGAAGCUCCAGGGACCUCAGACCUCAGAAGAAGUGUACAAGAUCCUCAAGAAGAAAGAAAUUAUUGAAAAGUUUCCAUUGUUUGUGUCUGUGUAUCUGAUCUGCUUUGAAGGGAAGCCAGUGAAAGACUUCAUCACCUGUCUACAGCAACACCCAGAACACAUGUGAUGUGGUACGGAGCACGACCAGGGACAAACCUAACCCCCCUGUCUCUGACGAAUACCACUCUAUCUCCCACAGAGAAAUAUAACUUGAUCGUUUGAGACGCACAUAUACUAACUCAGUCAAGACAUGACCUGGUGAACACUAUGUUUACUUUUUGUUUGUUUGAUCAGUAGUACCCUGUCAUUUCAUUUGUUGUUUUCCCAUCGAUCGAUCGAUCGUCCCGAAACGGAGGAUCUCACUAGUGGUUGGAGGUGAUUGAUUAUUAAGGCGAGGCAGCUCAGGCUUUAAAUGAUACUGUUUCAGAGCCGCACCCUAAGAUGGUGCCUUAAGCUAUUAAACAAAGGCAACCUGACUGGAAGCCACUCCCUAUGGUUGAGACUAGGUGUGGUCUGAACAUGCCUUAACAUACUGUAUACAUAAAGCAUUCUGGAGGCAGUCAGCUCAGGUUUGAUAUACUGUAUGUUUUUGAAACGCACAAUCAUUAAAUAACUGAAACUGAAA